AUGUGCCCCAAACAAACAGUGGGCCUUGUCAAUGUAAUCGUUACGGAAGACCAUGAUGUUAGUGGGUAUCGCAUAAAAAUGGUGACAGAUGAUCGUGAAGAGGUCUGCAAUCACAUUAUCUGCAAAGGAUAUAAAUUGACCAAGAAAUGUGAAGAGAAACGUAAUCAUUCUUGCUCCUGGACUGCUCUGGAUUUUGCAACUGAUGAUCCCGUUAUGAAAACUUUUAAUGUCACAUUUAGUUCCAGUGUUUCACUCGAACUAUUCUGCCAGCUAUUUAAUGAAGGGUUAAAGUUAGCUGAAGAUCAGGACUUAACAGUGAGCAGGCAUGCCUACAACUUGGGACAGGAAAGCGGAAGUGCCGAUGGUUUGUAA